AGUUGUCUAAUAAAAAGUGAGUUAACUGGCGUAACUGAAUGUUAAUGUUUGGUCAUCAUGAGUGUCCUUGUUGCAGUGAUGCUGUUUUUGGUUCCUGCUGUUGCAGUAAAUGAAGACAUCGAAGUAGACUGUGGACACACUGAAGUUACAGUAAGAUGGUCAGACCCAAGAUCCCAGGUGGAACCCUCUCUACUCCUACUGGGUACCUGUUCACCCAACAGUUUAUAUGAUGGGAAAGCUGUGUUCCAUGUUAAUCUCGAAGACUGCAACUUCAGGAGAAUGGUAACUGGAGACCAGCUGAGCUUUCUGAAUGAUUUGACCUAUAUCUAUGACCCGGCCUUCUCUCAACCUGUGGUCUGUGCCUAUGAAAGGCCUAGUGACUGGUUUCCUCCAUUAUACACUCCAACAUUUAACACCUAUGGCUAUUCAAAUUUGGCUUUUCAAAUGAGACUAAUGAAUGCUGACUUCACAGGUCCAGCUCUGUCUAGUGCCUACCCCCUGGGCUCCAUCAUCCCCAUCAUGGCUGCAGUUUACCAGAGUUCCCAUCAGCCCUUGCUGCUGCUCAUGGAGGAGUGUUUUGCUGCCAUGACACCACAGCUGCAGCCUGAUGGUCCAGUAUACCCCAUCAUCACUAACAAGGGAUGCCUUGUGGACAGUAAAACUACAAAUUCGAGGUUUCAGUUGAGGGCAAGAACCUCAGAAAUGCAUCUUUCGCUUCAAGCCUUCAAAUUUGCCCUUGGAGAGGAUGUGUAUAUCCACUGUAAGCUAGUGGCCUGGGAUCCUGAAGGACUUGACAGCAGCAAAAAGGCUUGCCAUUUUGUGAAGGGGCAUGGGUGGGAGCUACUUGAUGACCCUGCUAGAAGUAACUUGUGCCGUUGUUGUGACUCACACUGUAUGACCAGGAGCAAAAGGGGUCUAGCAUCAGGACUUGGGAUAAUGAAAAAUACUGUCCUUGGACCACUGACCAUCAUUGAUGGUUCAACCCCUUAAGCAUUUACCAAGGUGUGAGCUGUAUCUUCAAGUUAAGAUCCCGAUUGUAUAUCAAAGCAGACAAUGUUGCUGUGUAAUCAAACCUUGGUGCCUUCAUCUGCUGACCAUGUUCUGGUGGAAUUUAUUUCUUAAUAAAAUGCUUAACUUUGA